CAUGACAACAGCGCGCGCCCAGACUUUUUUCUGCUCGGCGGUCACUGAGGAAGAAAGAAGGCCUGGGCUGCGUGUUGCGUCAUCACUACGCGCUCGUUAGGUUUUUCUGUGCUCUUUAGGAAGGUCCCGGCCGGGCUACCGUCCCUUUCCGCCAGGCAUUAUUAUUAUUAGUGUUGUUUUUCUUCCCCACCUUUUGUUGAUCGAGGCUGCUAGUCCCAGAUAGUUCACUGAAAGCCCCCAGCCCCCUCCCCAGGGUGGUGGUUUCUACCAAUAUGAAUCUUUUCAACUUGGACCGUUUUCGCUUUGAAAAAAGGAGUAAAAUUGAGGAAGCUCCCGAAGCAGCCCCCCAGCCUUCCCAGCCCGGUCCUUCUUCACCAAUUUCUCUUAGUGCUGAAGAGGAGAAUGCUGAAGGGGAAGUUAGCAGGGCAAACACCCCCGAUUCAGAUAUAACUGAAAAAACAGAAGAUUCUAGUGUUCCAGAAACACCAGAUAAUGAACAAAAACCAAGUAUGUCAUGUUUCCAGAAUCAAAGAGGAAUACAGUAUAUUGAUUUGUCUUCUGAUAGUGAAGAUAUUGUUUCUCCAAACUGCUCUGGUACAGUUCAAGAGAAGAAAUUCAACAAAGACACAGUGAUUAUAGUUUCUGAGCCAUCUGAAGAUGAAGAGUCUCAAGGCCUUCCUCCAUUUGCAAGAAGAAAUGAUGAAAUCUCAGACCUGGAAGACCUUUCAGAAUUGGAAGAUCUUAAAGAUGCUAAGCUUCAGACUUUGAAGGAACUUUUUCCACAAAGAAGUGACAAUGAUCUACUUAAGUUAAUUGAGUCAACCAGCACUAUGGAUGGUGCAAUUGCUGCUGCCUUGCUGAUGUUCGGUGAUGCAGGUGGUGGGCCCAGGAAAAGAAAAUUAUCAUCUUCUUCCGAGCCAUGUGAGGAGGAUGAAUAUAAUGAUGAUCAAUCUUUAAAAAAGACAAGACUGGAUCAUGGAGAGGAAUCAAAUGAGUCUGCAGAAUCUAGCAGUAAUUGGGAAAAGCAAGAGAGUAUUGUAUUGAAAUUGCAAAAGGAAUUUCCCAAUUUUGAUAAACAGGAACUUAGAGAAGUGCUCAAGGAACAUGAAUGGAUGUACACGGAAGCAUUAGAAUCUCUAAAAGUCUUUGCAGAAGACCAAGAUGCACAGUAUUCUUCACAAAGCGAAGUUCCAAAUGGAAAAGCAGUUUCGUCAAGAAGUCAAAAUUAUACUAAAAAUGCAACUAAAACAAAAAUAAAGCCAAAACUUUCCAUGAAACCACAAAAUGGUUUUAAUAAGAAACGCAAGAAAAAUGUAUUUAAUCCUAAAAAAGCCAUAGAAGACUCUGAAUACGAUUCAGGCUCUGAUGCUGGCAGUUCCUUGGAUGAGGACUAUAGUAGUGGUGAGGAAGUGAUGGAGGAUGGUUAUAAAGGUAAAAUCCUCCACUUCCUUCAAGGUGCCUCAAUUGGUGAGCUAACCUUGAUUCCUCAGUGUUCUCAGAAAAAGGCUCAGAAGAUAACAGAACUCCGGCCCUUUAACAGUUGGGAAGCUCUGUUCACAAAGAUGUCCAAAACUAAUGGCCUGUCAGAAGACUUGAUAUGGAACUGUAAAACUCUGAUUCAAGAAAGAGAUGUGGUUAUAAGACUUAUGAACAAGUGUGAAGACAUUUCAAAUAAAUUGACCAAACAGGUUACCAUGCUUACUGGAAACGGAGGUGGAUGGAACAUAGAACAACCCUCCAUUCUAAACCAAAGUUUAGCACUCAAGCCCUAUCAGAAGGUUGGCUUGAAUUGGCUGGCAUUGGUUCAUAAGCAUGGACUUAAUGGCAUUUUGGCAGAUGAAAUGGGCCUAGGAAAAACCAUUCAAGCCAUUGCCUUUCUGGCAUACCUGUAUCAGGAGGGUAAUAGAGGGCCUCAUUUGAUUGUUGUUCCAGCCUCAACAAUAGAUAACUGGUUAAGAGAAGUUAAUUUAUGGUGCCCCACUUUAAAUGUGCUCUGUUACUAUGGUUCUCAAGAAGAACGUAAGCAAAUUAGAUUUAACAUUCAUAGUAAAUAUGAAGAUUACAAUGUUAUUGUCACUACGUAUAAUUGUGCAAUAAGCAGCUCUGAUGACCGUAGUCUCUUUCGACGGCUAAAACUUAAUUAUGCAAUCUUUGAUGAGGGCCAUAUGCUGAAGAAUAUGGGCUCCAUCCGCUAUCAGCACCUUAUGACAAUUAAUGCAAACAACCGUUUACUGCUCACAGGUACACCAGUGCAGAAUAACCUGUUGGAACUCAUGUCACUGUUGAACUUUGUUAUGCCACACAUGUUUAGUAGCAGCACCAGUGAGAUCCGAAGAAUGUUUUCUUCUAAGACGAAGUCAGCUGAUGAGCAGAGUAUAUAUGAAAAGGAAAGAAUUGCACAUGCAAAACAGAUUAUAAAGCCAUUCAUUCUCAGAAGAGUGAAAGAAGAGGUUCUGAAGCAACUACCCCCUAAGAAAGAUCAAAUUGAGCUGUGUGCAAUGUCAGAGCGGCAAGAACAACUCUACAUGGGUCUUUUCAACAGAUUGAAAAAGUCUAUUAAUAACCUAGAAAAAAAUACAGAAAUGUGCAAUGUCAUGAUGCAAUUGAGAAAAAUGGCCAACCAUCCUUUAUUACAUCGGCAAUAUUACACACCUGAAAAACUGAAGGAGAUGUCACAGCUUAUGCUAAAGGAACCUACACAUUGUGAAGCUAACCCUGACCUAAUCUUUGAAGACAUGGAAGUCAUGACAGACUUUGAACUUCAUGUACUCUGUAAACAAUACCGGCACAUUAAUAAUUUCCAGUUAGACAUGGAUUUGAUUUUAGACUCAGGGAAAUUCCGAGUUUUAGGAUGCAUCUUGUCUGAAUUAAAGCAGAAGGGUGAUAGAGUUGUUUUAUUCAGCCAGUUUACCAUGAUGCUGGAUAUUUUAGAAGUUCUCUUAAAACAUCAUCAGCACAGGUACCUCAGAUUAGAUGGAAAGACUCAAAUAUCUGAAAGGAUUCAUCUAAUUGAUGAGUUUAAUACCGAUAUGGAUAUCUUUGUAUUUCUCUUGUCAACAAAAGCUGGUGGAUUAGGAAUAAAUCUGACUUCAGCGAAUGUUGUUAUACUUCAUGAUAUUGAUUGCAAUCCUUAUAAUGACAAGCAAGCAGAGGAUAGAUGCCAUAGAGUGGGCCAGACUAAAGAAGUAUUAGUUAUUAAAUUAAUAAGCCAAGGAACAAUUGAAGAAUCAAUGCUAAAAAUUAACCAACAGAAGUUGAAACUAGAGCAAGAUAUGACUACAGUAGAUGAAGGUGAUGAAGGAACGAUGCCAGCAGAUAUAGCCACGCUACUGAAAACGUCAAUGGGUCUGUGAAGGAAGAAUUAACAAAUUUCUAUGUGAAGAGGAAAUACCAACUUGGUGCACACAAGGACAUUUACAUAUGAAGACCAUGGGGUUUAUGAACAUUUGUAACUUUUUAUAAUUUCCAUAUUGCAUUUCUCAUAGUAUGGACAACUUGUUUGCCACUAACUGGAUUCUCCAGAUGCUCACCUGAAAUUUCGUAAAAAACCACAAAUAUGUCGUCCUGAAGAUGUUGAAUAAUCAUUUUACAAAGCAGUUUUCUGAAUGGGGAUUAGUUGGUGAUUGUUUGUAACAAAUAUGCUAAUGCUUUAGAAAUGUCAGUAUUUUUGUAAUUAUUUCUACCUCCAAAUAUAUAUAUAUAUUGUCUUUCACUGGAUAAUGUGUGUAGAUUUUUACAUGUGCCUUAUUUGACAAUGCUUAUGUCUUAUUUUUGCUUGUCUCAUUUGAAGGUUUUUAUGAGUUUAAAAAAUGCAUCAGUAGCGGUUAUAUAGCUUCAUUUUUCUUGCUAUUUGAAGCAGAUGUUCACCAAUGUCAUUAAGAACUCAACUUGAAUCUAAAGGUGGCAUUUCAUCUAAUAACAUCCCCAGGUUCUCUUCCUACUUCUGUUAAAACGGAUUUGUUUGGCUAGGCACGAAGUUGUUUUCCAAUGAGCAGUAACUAAGAAACCCCCAUUGUACUCCAUGGGUUCAUUCCUUCUGUUCAUGUCCCACCUACACUGAUUGUACUUAUUAAAUCAUCUAUUCCGGUGCAUGUUUUCGUUGAUUUCCUGCCUGGAUUUUGCUUCUCUUAAAGCUGUUGCCCAGUCACUAAUGCUAUAGUUCUCUAUAGCGUAUUUCUUGCUGCCAUUAUCUCCACAGAUCAACAAAAUUUGGGUGCCAUUUUCUAGUCUGGCAGAACAGAUUAACCUAAACCCACUUCACUUCAGAGCAAAAUGGAUAUGACUGUAUAUUGAUGCAGCCUUAGGUACUGCAUGGAUAUAGUCAUUGCCUUCAACUCUCAUCAAAAUAUAAUUUACCAGUUCCCAGAAUUUGCAAUACAUGACUAACUGAAGAGAGAGCCAUUGUUCAAUUCCAUUUCAAUGUGGGUGACAGUGACCUUUAGAAGUAAAGCUGUCUAUUUGAUAUCUCACUCUUUAAAAUUUUCUUUAACUUUUUGCCUGUCGGUCUAUAUUGCUGUUUUUAUUAUACACCAAUUUCUUUGUAUAACUUGUGAGUUUCAUGUGUUUUGUUUUUAUUAUGUAAAUAUCAUUAUAAAUAAACUUAUUUAUAAAUGAAAGAUUUGUUAAUUAUUGGAGAUCAUACUUUUCAAGACAUCCUAACUUGCUAAGAUGCUAGGUAAAUCCUUUUGAUUUUGAAGGUGGAGAUGCUCUUACAGUGAAUCUUUUUAGAUAUUAGAGACUCAUGAAAAUUCAUGGCUCAGACUGAAUCAUGAAGGCAUAUUAAAUAUUCUGAUUAUGUUUCAGCAUUACAGGGCCAAAAGAAAUCUGCAAAUGUUAAUGCUACCUCCUCCUGCAUCUCUCAAAUCACAUAGCCAAAUGGCUAGAAGUCUUACCUUUUAAAUUCUUAAGUGGAUUUCUCUCAAUUUUUCUGUGUUAAUAUGUCUUUCACAGUAGGCCCUUCCUUUCAUUGUGGUUGUUGUUAUAGCUUUAUCCCUUCUAAUGACAUGUGGUUGGAUUCUCCCUGUAAUAUUAUGUCUCGGGCUUAAAUAAAAAUAUUUGUGAUUGUUAAA